CCCGAAGUCGACCUAAAAAAAAAAUGGAGACGGAGAUUCAGCAGAAAAAGCAAGAAAUCUGUCAUCUUCCUCACUGUUGUCGCAGAUGUGUGGACUUUCCCGCCAAAACAAUCCACCAUUAACGGUCACCGCAACCACCGCAGCACCAUGAUCGUACCUCACGUCUCAUUUCUGUUCAAAUCUUCGGUCUUCAUACUUCUUCUGUCCCUCUCUCUCCUCCAUUUCAAGCCCCCGCAAAAUACGCGCCAAACCCUAGCCCUAACGCAUAACCGAACUGAAACAGUUAGCGGAGCGGCUCCGAGAAACUAUAUAGUCCGGUUCAGGGAGUACAAGCAGGCCUCGGAUUACCGCUCUUACCUGGAAACGAGUCUGCGAUCUGAGGGGUGGAAAUGGAUCGAGAGGCACAAUCCGGCGGCCAAGUACCCGACGGAUUUUGGGCUGGUAGCCAUCGAGGAAGCUUCCAAAGAUGGAGCGAUAAUGGAGAUUGAGAAGCUGGGACUAGUUAAGGAUGUGAAUCUGGAAGUUAGCUACAACAGGGGUUUGCUUGCCGGUUCUUUUGAGGACGGGAAAAAAGGGCCGGGGAAGAUUUUAACUUCGAUGUCUUUUAGCGAAGGGGAACAUUCUUAUGAGUCAGAAUUGAGUAAUUCUUCGAUUCAUUGGGGACGCCAUCUAUUGAUGCAGAAAUCUCAAGUUACUUCCUUGUUUGGAGCAGAUGUUCUUUGGGCAAAAGGGUAUACUGGUGCUAAAGUCAAAAUGGCCAUAUUUGAUACUGGAAUACGUGCCAAUCAUCCACAUUUUCGUAAUAUCAAGGAGCGAACCAAUUGGACCAAUGAGAAUACUUUGAAUGAUAACCUUGGACAUGGUACAUUUGUUGCUGGUGUUAUUGCUGGUGAGGAUGCAGAGUGUCUUGGUUUUGCACCAGAUACUGAAAUUUAUGCUUUUCGAGUCUUCACUGAUGCACAGGUGUCAUACACAUCCUGGUUCCUCGAUGCAUUCAACUAUGCCAUUGCUACUGAUAUGGAUGUGCUAAAUUUGAGCAUAGGUGGUCCUGAUUACUUGGAUCUUCCAUUUGUAGAGAAGGUUUGGGAGAUAACAGCAAACAAUAUCAUCAUGGUAUCUGCAAUUGGAAAUGAUGGACCACUUUAUGGCACCUUAAACAAUCCAGCAGAUCAAAGUGAUGUUAUUGGUGUUGGUGGUAUUGACUAUAGUGAUCACAUAGCUUCAUUCUCCUCACGUGGAAUGAGUACUUGGGAGAUUCCUCAUGGUUAUGGUCGUGUCAAACCAGAUGUUGUUGCAUAUGGACGAGAAAUUAUGGGAUCCAAGAUUAGUACAGGCUGCAAGAGUUUAUCAGGGACUAGUGUAGCAAGUCCUGUGGUGGCAGGUGUGGUAUGCCUGCUUGUCAGUGUUAUACCUCAGAACAAAAGAAAGGAGCUUCUAAAUCCAGCAAGCAUGAAACAGGCACUGGUUGAGGGAGCUGCUAAGCUUGCUGGUCCUAACAUGUAUGAACAGGGUGCAGGGAGAGUUGAUCUGUUAGAAUCAUAUGAAAUCCUGAAGAGCUACCAACCUCGAGUGAGCAUCUUCCCUAGUGUUCUUGAUUAUACAGAUUGCCCUUAUUCCUGGCCCUUUUGUCGUCAGCCACUCUAUGCUGGCGCUAUGCCAGUGAUAUUCAAUGCUACAAUUCUGAAUGGAAUGGGUGUCAUUGGCUACAUUAAAAGCCCGCCAACAUGGCAUCCUUCUGAUGAGGAAGGAAAUCUUCUAAGCAUUCAUUUUACUUACUCAGAAGUUAUUUGGCCAUGGACUGGUUAUUUAGCAUUGCACAUGCAAAUUAAGGAAGAGGGUGUUCAUUUUUCUGGAGAGAUUGAAGGCAAUGUAACUGUUACAGUAUUCAGUCCUCCAGCCCAUGGAGAGACAUUUCCACGAAGGAGUACUUGUAUGCUUCAUUUGAAAUUAAAAGUGGCUCCUACACCCCCUAGAUCAAAACGAGUUUUAUGGGAUCAGUUUCACAGUAUUAAAUAUCCUCCUGGAUAUAUUCCCCGAGACUCAUUGGAUGUGCGCAAUGACAUUCUUGAUUGGCAUGGUGAUCACCUUCAUACAAAUUUUCAUAUCAUGUUCAAUAUGUUACGUGAUGCUGGUUAUUAUAUUGAAACACUUGGUUCUCCUUUUACAUGCUUUGAUGCUCAGCAGUAUGGGACACUUUUGCUUGUUGAUCUUGAAGAUGAGUACUUCAAAGAAGAAAUUGAAAAGCUGAGGGAUGAUGUGAUUAACACUGGGUUAGGGUUGGCUGUAUUUGCUGAGUGGUAUAAUGUAGACACAAUGGUCAAGAUGAGAUUUUUUGAUGAUAACACAAGGAGUUGGUGGACACCAGUUACUGGAGGUGCAAAUGUUCCAGCUUUAAAUGAUCUUCUAGCCCCAUUUGGGAUUGCUUUUGGAGAUAAAAUUUUGAAUGGUGAUUUUUCUAUUAAUGGUGAGCAGAGUCGAUAUGCAUCUGGAACAGAUAUUGUGAGGUUUCCAAGAGGUGGAUAUGUUCACAGCUUUCCUUUCCUAGAUAGUUCAGAAAGUGGAGCCACUCAGAAUGUGUUGCUGAAUUCUGGCAUGAACAAGGCAGACUCCCCCAUUCUCGGCCUUCUAGAGGUUGGAGAAGGUCAAAUUGCUGUAUAUGGAGAUUCAAACUGUUUGGACAGCAGUCAUAUGGUUACCAAUUGCUAUUGGCUUCUCAAGAAAAUAUUGGAUUUUACCAGUUCAAACAUUAAAGAUCCAGUGCUUUUCUCUGAUUCUGCAAAGCAAGAUAAACCUUUGUAUGAAGAUGAUAACCAAUUGCCAUCUCGAAGAACUGAUGUAAAUUUCUCUACAUAUUCUGCUGUUGUGAGAAAGGAUUUACUCUGCCGGAGUGACUCUAGAUUUGAAGUGUGGGGAACCAAGGGGUACAAUCUACAUGUUAGGGGAAGGAACAGAAGACUGCCGGGCUAUCCCAUUAUUGAUCUGGGAAGAGGUUUAAACACCUCUGCAGAUGCCUCCAGAUCAAGGCGUUACAGGUCUACUGAGAAAAAAAAUAGUGGUGAUUCUUUUGGAAACAAGUACUUGGGACGGUGGUACAAAGAUGAGCUUGAUAUGCCUGUGCUGGUUCCUAGUCAUUGGCUCAUACCUCUGGUAGUCAUGGUUACAGGCAUUCUACUAUUUUUGAGCAUUUGGCGGAUACGACAGAGGCGAAGGAGGCGAAGGCGAACCGGCUCUGGUCGAUUGGCCAAUCUAUAGCCUUUCUGAUAACAUUCUCCUUUAACAACCUUACUGGGGCAAUGUUGCUUCUUUGAUAGUUUUCAUAGCAGCACGGUACACAGAUUGUAGCAAUUACUAUGAGUUCUUGUAUUAGCACAAAUUUUCACGGUAAUGAAAUGAGUUUUUUCGU